AUGAAAAAAGCUGAAGAGAGAGAAAGAGAGAGAGAGAGAGAGAAGAGAGAGACCCACUGCGAAUCUACAUUAACACGUCUGGCAGUGACGCUCAGCCUAGAACAGCGAGAGGACGACACUUCUCGCUAUCACUGGAAGCCGCUCCAGAAUGGAGAUCCUGUACGCCCUCGUGGCUUUGGCAGCGCUGUCAGCAGGUGUCAGCGCGCCCCCGUGGUGUCGCUGCCCGACGGCCGUGUGUCUGGCGUGAACGAGCGGUCGGCGAAAGGACGGGAUUUUUUCGCGUAUUACGGCAUUCCUUACGCCAAGCCUCCUCUGGACAAGCUCAAGCUCAAGGAUCCCGUGCGGGCGGACAAGUGGGUGGGCACGAGGGACGGGUCCAAGAUGCCCCCGCCCUGUGUCCAAGUGCCCGUCGACCACGUGCUCCUGGGCCUCCCUAUCACGCUCGACGACAUUGUGGGAGAAGAGGACUGUCUCUAUCUCAACGUCUUCACGCCUAAGAAGAAGAAACCCGACGAAAAGCUUCCGGUGAUGGUGUACAUCCACGGCGGCGCCUUCUUCGUCGGCGGCGCCCACGAGUACCUGCCGCACGUCCUCAUGAACCACGACAUAGUGCUGGUUGUGAUCCAAUACAGACUGGGAACUCUAGGUUUCAUGUCGACGGAGGACAUGGUCAUGCCUGGCAACUUCGGCAUGAAGGACCAGGUCAUGGCCCUCCGCUGGGUGCAGGAGAACAUCCACAGCUUCGGGGGCGACGCCGACAGGGUCACCAUCUUCGGGGAGAGCGCGGGCGGCGCCUCCGUCCACCUCCACGUGCUGUCGCCCAUGUCCAAAGUAUGUCGUCAGUAUGCCCUAUUGCGUAUGCGCUCUCUGACAAAGGAAGCUUGUUCGCUCCGCGCCAUCCUGCAGUCGGGUCGGUCUCGCUCCGUGGCAGUGGGCGAGAAGUUCCGCCAGGGGGCCUUCCUCACCAGCCGCGUCGUCCGCUGCCCCAAGUGCAUCCUCACGAAGGACGUCACCUUCUGCAUGCAGCUCACCGACGGCAAGGAAGUGGCGAGUGGUUCAUCUUCCCCGUGCGGAUGGUCCGCGUGA